AUGAAUUCGUUAUCAUACUGCGUGAAGGAGAAAAGGCGGUGCAUAGGCUGGGCCCAGAGGUACUUCGGCGACUGCCUCUGCAACUUGAAAGACGAAUUGUCCUUCGGAUUUGGGCUGAUAAGCCUCGUUUGCUGGGGAUUGGCCGAGAUCCCUCAAAUCGUCACUAAUUUCAGAGCAAAAUCCGGCCAUGGCAUCUCCCUAGCCUUCCUCCUCACUUGGGUUGUUGGAGACAUAUUUAACUUAGUGGGCUGUCUUCUCGAACCCGCCACUUUGCCAACCCAGCUCUACACUGCAGUGCUCUACACGGCCACCACAGUGAUUCUUGUCCUGCAGAGCAUUUACUAUGAUUACUACAAAAGGUUGAGACAUGGCCAGCAGAAAGACUCAAAUUACCAAGAGGACGACAUAAAGAAACCUCUCAGACCCUCACAGCCGAAUGAUUCAGCCAUCCCUAUACCAAACGGCACACGCCGAACGGAAGCCUACUAUUACACGUCAGCAAGAUCACUGGCUGGGAGCAUGACCCCGCCUAUUCGUUCUUACCUUUGGCCGAUAAAGAGUGGCCCAUCGGCACUUGGGCUCGAAAACGACUCGUCUUCUGAUGACGAGGUAAAUCCAAGUCCAAGCCCAAGUCCAAAUACGAUCCUGGCCACACAAACAGCCAGCAGGCCCAAACCGAUCUCCCGAUCAGCAGGAUAUGGGGCAUUUUUUGCUACGUCAAUGAAUCUUCCCCGAGAAAGCAAUGCUUUAGUGUACAUUGGAUUAACCGGGAGAAAAUUGUUGCAAGAACAAGGAACAGAAACUGUGUAUGGUCAGUUGUUGGGUUGGAUGAUGGCUACCGUUUACAUGGGUGGAAGGUUACCUCAAAUAUGGUUGAAUGGAUUGAAUCCUUUCAUGUUCAUAUUUGCACUUGUUGCUAAUGCUACUUACGUAGCCAGCAUAUUAGUGAGGUCGAUUGCGUGGGAUAAAAUUAGAGCGAAUAUGCCGUGGCUGCUUGAUGCUGUGGGCUGUGUAAUUUUGGACUUAUUCAUAAUAUUGCAGUAUGUGUAUUACAGAUAUUUUCAUAAGGAAAAUCGAGGCAUCAAAGAAGGACGUGCUUGUAACAAGCGAUGA